AGGCGGUUAUUUUAACAGGGUGACGAUUUAGUUGAUUGCUUAUAUCUAGUUUGUUUCUGUUGUUGCUAUGGAAGUUGAUGAUCACCUUUGGAGCCACUUAUUGAUGAUUUUAAUCUGCAUGUAUGUUCAGACCAUAGACUGUAUAUAAAUAAGGUUUAGACUGAAGUUGGGGACAAAAGCUAGCAUGACCACUGGUGAUUGGCGGGUACGAGCGUUGCGCGCCCUCGUUGUGUCUUGCUCUCGUAGCCAGUUCCCCCAUUCACAUGUAAAUGAACCGUCAUAUAUACCUAGUACAUGCCCCCUCGGAGCAGCAGUAAGGAGCCCAGACUCUCUGCGAGCUUUGUUGGCCGCUAGGAUCCCCCGGCCAUCUGUCCCAUUGACAAGCUGUAACGGCUCUUUGGAUUACACACACCAGCCUCCAGUCCAGAGGGUUAAACUUUAACAACAUGGCCCCCAUCCGUAACAACACAAACGGAACGGACAGAGGUGAUAACUGCAGCGGAAUCAAAACGGACCGAAAGAUGAGGAAACCUCUGGUCGAGAAGAAAAGAAGGGCUCGAAUCAAUGAAAGUUUACACGAACUCAGAGUUCUCAUGGCGGAUGCAGACUUACAAUCAAAGAUGGAGAAUGCCGAAGUGCUGGAAAUGACAGUGAAACGGGUGGAGAGCAUCCUGCAAAACCGGGCUCAAGAAGUGGACGCCGUGAACCGGGAGGCCUGUGAGCGGUUCGCCGCAGGCUACAUCCAGUGUAUGCACGACGUGCAUACUUUUGUGUCCAGCUGCCCGGGUAUCGACCCAACAGUAGCCGCAGAGCUGUUAAACCACCUCUUGGAGAGCAUGCCCCUGAACGACGAAGACCGCUUCCGGGUGAUGCUGCCGGACUCAGUGGCAGACUUCCCCGGCAGUAACAGCACUUGGUCGGAGUCAGAGAGCCUGGUGUCCCCGGCCCCCUCCACCACCUCCAGCGAUGACCUCUGCUCAGACCUGGAUGACACGGACUCGGAGCAAAGUCAUGUUUCUUCCUCAGAGGAGGGUGACAGCCAGGAUGUGUUGUCCUCGCCUUCCAUCACUUAUUCCAAGUCAAUGUGGAGACCAUGGUAGAUAUAAAAAAAAAGGAAUAGCAUGUUUUAAACCACACUAGAUGAUUUAAUGCUUUGUGUUUGGAUGUUUUAUGAGGUAGGCCUCAGUACAAUAACAACAGCGUCGAGAAACUUGUUGAAAGGCAUCUGAGAAGCUCUUUGUGUAAUUAUUGGGGAACUUCAUUUAAACUAAAAUGUAUUUAAUAAAUAAGAUAUGUAAUUAAAUCUGUUUUGCAGAGGUCAGAGAUUUGUAGGGUCUUCACUUGGAAGUGUAUUGACCCUGUAGGGGCCUGCCUUCAAUGAAGGGGUAAAUGCAUAUGUAAAUAUUUACUUGUUGAAUAUGACUGGGCUCUAUAGACGAUAGCUGUCCCAUUAGAAAAUGCAUUGUUAGUUGUGUGUAAAUUAUUUUGUAUUUAGGAUGUUUUUAACUUUGUAUUUAUAAGUGUCUGAAGACUUUUAGUAGGCUACCUCAUCUGAUAUGCUUAAGUUUCAACUUUUCAAUAAAUAUCUCUUUUUGACUUUUAAA